AAUGAAAAGAAAAGGUGGGCCACAUAGCAAGGAAUGUGAGAAACCUGCCAAGAUGGUUAAGACCAAUCAAAUAUGCAAUCCAACAAGACAAUCAACAAAAAUGGCAAGAUUAGAAAGGAGAAUCAAACUUCAAGCAAAGAAAAUGAGACAGACUUCGAUCAUAAAUGGAGAAGUGCCAGGCCGUGCAACUAUACUAGAAGAACAACUUCUGAUCCAUGUGAAGGACAAAGCUAAAGAGGCAAGAUUGUAUAGGAAAAGAAAAAUACAAAGCAAGAGGGUUGCAGAACCAGCGACAGAAAAUGAAGUAAUGAUCGACGAGGCUGGUAAGACUACAAGGACUAAAAGUAACAAAAGGUGUACUACAUCAAAGUCAAGGAGAAACAAAAAAACACCAGAUAUAAACUUGAACAGGACAUCGGAAAGGACUGAUAUGGAAAUUUGGAACUUCGGAGAACCAAGCUGCAAGUGUGAACGAUGUGGUGCAAUUUUCUGGUACGAAGAAAGAACUUCAGGUAGAGCGAGAAGGAUGCCAUCUUUCGGACUAUGUUGCCAACAGGGCAAGGUCGAUUUGCCACCAUUCAGAGAGCCGCCGGCUUACCUUACGAAAUUGCUAAGGAAAGACAACAGAAAGAGGUCAAAAAACUACAUGCAAAAUAUCAGAUUGUACAACUCCAUGUUCGCUUUCACGACAAUGGGAGGAAAGGUAGACACAGAAAUAAACAAUGGCGGUGGUCCUUAUGUUUUUAGAAUGAAUGGGCAAAACUACCACAGAAUAGGUAAUCUACUACCUGAAGGUGAAGAUAAACCACGCUGGGCACAGUUGUAUAUCUAUGACACCGAAAAUGAGGUAAAAAACAGGAUUAAUGCGUCAACAUCAGAAGAUAAAAGGGAGUCAAUAGAUCCUCACAUCGUCGAGGGCCUUAAAAAUAUGCUGGAUAGAGAUAAUAUACUUGCAAAAAAAUUCAGAAUGGCAAGGGACAGAUUCGAAGAAGGUGACUAUCACAACGUGAGAUUAAAACUAAUCAAUAAGCGACGCACAGAUGGAAGACGGAAUGACAUGCCAUCUGCAACUGAAGUUGCAGCCUUGAUUGUGAAUGAUACGGCAGAAAAUAGAAAAGGACGGGAUAUCAUUGUUCAGUACAGAGACACAAAGCCGAGAAGAAUAUCACAGAAGCAUCCAAAAUUCAUGGCUAUGCAGUAUCCACUAUUGUUCCCCUAUGGAGAAGAUGGGUACAGAGAAAAUAUACCCUACAUAUUAAAAGAAGGUGCAAAAUGCAAGAGAAAGCAUGUAACAAUGCUGGAAUACUAUGCGUAUCGUAUACAACAACGUACUAACCAAUCGAUGCACUUGCUGAUGUGUGAAAAGCUUACAUUGCAGUUCAUUGUGGAUGCCCUUGCAUGCAUUUUGCAGUAUAGGCUAGACUGGAUCAAAACACAUCAAGGAAACCUAAGAACGGAAUUAUAUGCUGGCUUGCAGGACACAAUAGAUAGAGGAGAUACAAGGGCUGACCAAGUAGGAAAGAGGAUACUACUGCCAUCCACCUUCACAGAUAGCCCUAGAUACAAAGCACAAAACUUCCAAGAUGCUAUGGCAAUAUGUCGGUGGGCUGGAUACCCAGACCUAUUUGUGACAUUCACGUGCAACACAGCUUGGCCGGAGAUUCAAGCUAUGCUACAGGAAGUAGGCCAAACAGCAUAUGAAAGACCUGAUAUUGUUGAUCGAGUGUUCCACAUAAAGCUCAAGGAGUUCAUGAGAGACAUAAGAGAAAGGGGAUACUUUGGAAAAACACUUGCAAUUAUAUACACAAUAGAGUUCCAAAAAAGGGGCCUCCCACAUGCCCACAUAGUCAUAUUCCUCGACAAAAAAGAAAAGUCACCAUGCAUGACGUUGUGCAGAGAUCCCAGACAAGGACAUUGAUCCAGAAGGAUAUGCAGCUGUUGAAAACUACAUGAUACAUGGGCCAUGUGAUGCAGCCAACACAAAGUCACCAUGCAUGGUCGAUAACAGAUGUAUAAGAAAGUUCCCAAAAUUAUAUAACAGCAAUACCACCGUCGAUGAAGAUGGAUACCCAGUAUAUAGAAGACGAGACAAUGGAAGAUACAUACAGAAAGGGAAAGUAAAGUUGGACAACAGAUACGUAGUCCCAUACAAUAGAAAUAUACUGGUCAAAUAUCAAGCACACAUAAAUGUCGAGGCGUGCAACAGAUCUCUAUCAAUAAAAUACCUUUUUAAAUACAUAAAGAAA